AUGCCCAGGGUACAGAGGGGAACGCUCAGUCCUUGCAAGACCAUCCUGCUGAAAGCGGGUCUUUGGGACGAGAAAGAGCUGUCCGAAGCAGAAGUCCUGAAAAGAUACAACAGGCUCACCUUAAAGACCCCCCCUGCGAAGCUAAAGAUUCUGGAACGUUGCUUGGACGAAAUCUACCCGGGCAUUCUAGCACGCGCACAGAGCCGUGUCCCUCGAAGUAGUGGGAGGACAAGCAAGCCAGCCACUCGGUAUGCAAGUGGCGUGUACCCACCCCGGGGUGGCCCCUCGGCACAGAACAUGAGGAUGUACAGUGACCCUCCCAGGAAUCGUCGGGCACGUGCACACGUCCAUGCAGCCCUCAAUGCGAUGGCAAAUGGGGAGGACCAAGCCAUUGCAAACAAACACAUUGAGGAGGCCCUCAACCACUUGCAAGCCAAUGCACCAGAUGCCGCACAAACAGCAGCCAGUAUAGUCGAGGCAACAAACGCAAUGAAUGCCCAGAAUGCAACCAACACAGCACGGCACGUGGGGAAUGCUCGAGAACAUUUGGAGGCGGCAGAGAACCAUCAUAAAUCAGUUUCCAAGGGCGGUGGUGUGUAUGGGUGGAAAGCCUGCCCCAAAGAAGCAUACAACAAGAGCACUACGGCAAAGAAGGUGAACCUGUCCUGA